CAACCUCCAAAAUGUCAAAGCUGAACUCAUCGCUGUACUAAGAACAUCACAUACCAAUCGAUGCUGAGGGAGGUGCAGCCACACUUGAAAAGAGGGCUUGUUUGACAAAUGUAGAACAUUUCCGCCUGACUCAGGAUCACUGAACACAGAGAGACACGCCGCCAUUACAUGCAGCCAUGAUGAACUUAAUUACACUCGCCCUCGUCGUUAUCGCGAUGCUGAAGUCAACAGGGGCUGAAGAGGUGAUUGUGUACGCUCAAGUGGGAGAGACGGUUACACUUAAGACUCAACGGCAAAUUCUCUCAACGCAUUACGUGAACUGGUAUUUUCAGAUAGUGAGUGGCAGUACGCUUGCCUGGACCAACCCCUAUGGUGGAAAAUCAACAUUGAAAGACCAACCCUGGAACAACAGCUUGUCUCUGAACGGCCACUCGUUGACUAUCAGCAACGUCCAAGAACAGUACUUCGGGACUUUUAUCUGUAAAGUUUCUGGUUCGAAUGUUCAGACAUACUUAACAACAUAUACACUAAUCAAACUCCAAGUGAGUGUGAAUCCAGCCUCUCUCCUGCUGCCUGGGGAAUCUCUGUCUCUGGCCUGCAGUGUGGACACUCAAAGGAAAUCUGUCAUACACUGGCUCAAUCCGCAAGGAACCAAAGUGUCUGAGAAGGGAGCACUCACUAAGACAGUCACAAGUCAAGACAGUGGCUCAUGGACCUGUGUUGUGGCAGGAAACGAACACGAGGCUAAAGUUUCUGUUAAAGUUUUUGACCUCUCCCCAGUUACUUCACCUCAAUAUACAUCUGCCAGCUCAUCCCUCCGUAUCCCAUGCUCCUUUCCAUCUCACGUCACCUGGGAAGAAAUUAAAAAAAAGGGCAUCAACAAAAUUCAGUGGAGCUUCUCCCCUACUCCGUCCUCAAGUGUUCUUUCUGACGGAGAAAAGCUCUUCUCUCUCUCUCCGAAGACUUCAUUGACCUGGCAGGUAGACCACGACAAAGGACUGAAAAUUGUACAAGACGUUACAAAAGGAAAUCUGGCACUGACUAGAAAUCGGGGAAAAGAAGAAGACAGAGGACACUACACAUGCGCCAUGGAAUUUGUUAAUGGUCCGACUCUGAAGAGGACUGUACGUGUAGAGGUGUUGCAAAUCGUCUCCUCCUCAGGAACAAAGCUAACUUCUGGUCAGCAGGUCAACCUGUCUUGCACUACCGGUAAUCCACUGCAAACUGGUGUGCAGUUAAAAUGGUUUCCACCUGAAACGUCAUCCGUGUCGUUUACUGACGGUCACCCUGCCCAUCUUACCAUCCCAGAGGUGGGGACAGGGGAUGGUGGGAAAUGGAAGUGUGAGCUGAAGCAGAAUGGCACUGUGCUGACGUCAGCCAUGCUAACCCUGACAGUCGAACCCAAGAUGACUGUGUGGAUGUUGGUGAUCAUUUGCAGCUCUGCAGUCAUCAUGCUGCUCCUCCUCAUAGUCGCCUUUAUCCUCUGCCGACACAGAAAACGGAAGACGAGACACAUCAGGCAUCAACUCUGCCAAUGCAAAAACCCCAAGCCCAAAGGAUUCUACAGAACAUAAUACGAGCGUUUCAAGAGGCGACCAGUUGAGUUUAUACACCAGCGAGAUGAAUUUUUCUGUCACAAAAACUGCACACACGUGCUUAAUGUGUUACAUGACGUUCUGAAAGAUCAUGCUGAACUGACACAAGAAACUCUGUUGGAGUUGUACAUAUCAGCCAGCUUGGAUGAGUUUUAUAUUUGUAAUAUAAUCGGUUUGCUAUUGUUUAUGAUUAUUACUGACCAUAAUUUUAUUUCCUUUACAUUAUUUUGAGGCCAUCUGUUUAUCAACCGCAUAUAUCUUGUCAUGUCUUUGAUGUUCCAUAAUACUGCAAUGAUAUAGUUGUUAGCUCGCUUCUGCAAUUUAUACGCAGGCAUUAUAUGUGUGCACAUGUUUAUACUUUAUGACUGAAAAUGAAAACAUGCUCUUUUUGGCAGAAAAAAUGUUGAUUGCUCAAAUAAAGCAAAAAUUAAAAUGUAGAAAUAUUGACAAUAUCAUAAAUGUACGAUGACGUUUUUCAAUAAAGUCUGAAUAUGCA